UCGAUUUGACAGGAUUUGUUUGGAGCUUCCAGUUUCCGUUUUAAUGUCGCCGGCGGGAAAAAAGACCUCCCAAGUGUGGACUUAUUUCAAAAGCGUCGAUGGCAACAAAAUCGCAAGGUGUGUUUUAUGCGAGAAAUUCAUCAAACAUUUUGGCGGCACCGCGAAUUUAAAAACUCAUUUACGUCGAAUGCACCCGAACGAAUUGCAAAACGACAACAAUACGGGGACCGACACAUCUGAAGUUGAAGAAGAAGUGAGAGUUAUGGCCGACUAUUCUAAAAAGAUCAAGAAACGCAGCUACGUAUGGACCUAUUUCAAUCAGUUAAGCGGUCACAAUGCAAAGUGUAAAGGUUGUUCAAAGGUACUAUCUUACAAAGGAGGUUCCACUUGCAACCUCUUGCGGCAUUUGAAAGCUAAAAACUGCUUCGAAGGACCCCAUACCAACACCAUUGAAUUUGUCCAUGAAGUUGAUCCAGAUUCUGAGAAUGAGUCCUCCUUGCGUUGCUCCUCAUGUUGCAAAGACAUCCCCUUCGAAAAUUGGGCGGAACACCAAAAAGCAUGUCAGAGCAACCCUUUAAAUGACAGACUUAUUGAGAGCUUCAUAGAAGCAGUAAGACCUAGACCUCCCCUAUGGGAUGAUAAUUUACCUCGGACGAUGCGAACAAUUGGUAUUAAGCAUGAACUAUGGCAGGAAGUCUAUGAAGAAUUGGAUGGGGUUAUCCCCUUGGAGAAGUUGGAAAAAAAGUGGAGGUAUCUUAAGGAGAUGUUCUUGAAACUCAAGAAAAAGGAGGGUUGUGAACAGGAGCAAUGGAAGUAUUUUGGAAUGUUGCAAUUUCUGGACGAUAAUGAAGCGAGAGAGAUUGACACAGGCAUCGAAAAUUCUCCACGUUCUCCAAGGUCUGACUCACCCAAAGGGGAUGAUACAAAUGAAAGGGAACUUAAAAGUGAUGGUUCUGCGACGGAAGUGUUAUACACAAUGUCCCCCGCUAUGUUGACUGUAUCAAGUAUUUUAGAAAAGUUGCCCCUGCGUACUAGAAUGAAGGCAGAACUAGACAUAUUAAAUAUGGUAUACAAACUUUAUGACCAGCAGGACAAGUCAUAGUUACUUGUGACGUACCAUUUAAUAAAUAAAAUAUGCUUUUGUUUAUUUUAUUGUGGCUAUUCCUUUACUUCUUUGCUUUUCACAGCCGGACAAGUCUACUAUGGUCAUUCGCCCAUUACCGACGUCCGUCGUAAAAAAAAAAUUAUAAUUAACAUUGAUUCUUAUCUUGCAAAAAGGACUUUAAACGAUAACAAAAAAACGGCAGCCCCCGCUUCCAUCCGGGGCCGACAACAAUAACGCCUUCACAAAACACUUAAGGAACAAAAACCACACAAUUGAAACAUAUCAAAACUUUUUGGGACGAUUACGAGGAUUCUG